AGGUUCUCCGCCAUGUCGAAAGCUUUAACAAUUUUGUCUCAUUUCUCGCUCGAUCGGUUUUCGUCCGGUGACUUUUUUUGACCCUUUAAAUAAUGGCGGCGAAGAUAGGGGUCUGUCCUUUCGCUUUGGUGGCAUGAAUUUUUUUUUUUUAUUUAAACUUUCAUGGGCGACCAAAAGUAGGAGCUCGGCGAAACGUGUUUCAUUCGGCCGCCAUGCCAGUUCCAGUGAGAAAUCAACUAUCUAAUUUUCAUCAUGCACUUUCUUAGGCAUCAGUAUAUAUCUCAGUCCAUUUCUUAGCAAUCAGUAACAUUUGUACAUCUCUGCCAGUUAGAAAAUGCGUCAUUUUUCAUCUGGCAGUUAAAAUUUUAACUCUAGGAUUUCAAUAAAACCCAUUUCAGACCUUGUUCCUGUUGUAUAGCGAACAUUUAUCUUAUACUUUCUAUUCCCACAAAAGAGAGACGGUUUAUGGGGUAGCGUCCUCGUACUUCUCCAAAGAAAGUGGUGUUUGGAUAGCAUUUUCUCCUAAAACGGUGCCGGAGCCCAGACGUAUCACAUGUUAUUCAUGGAGUCACAAUGCUGUGUUAGUACCUCUUGAAGACGAUGAAACACUGGUCAGCAGCGUAAUACAACUUGAGUGUGAUGAUCCAGCUGGCGUUAACUUCACUGGUAUUACCCUGGCCUUGUCGCAUAGUGCGGUUGAAUCAAAAGAAUACGAGUUGGUGAUGAAAGAACUUAUUAACUUAGAGAAAAGGACUUGGAAGGAUUUAAAGACUCCACGUGACAGUCUGGACGAAAUUCUUGCAUCGCAAAGAGAAUUACAAUUUGUUCAAGCUACCAUAACGAGCUUUUCUCUUUAUGCUGUUAUCUGUCGUCUAAAGUCCUACACAUUUCCAUUCGACGCGUCGCUGGAGAGCCCCGAAUUUACUUGUCAAGUCACAGAGUAUCCUGGUACGAGUGUGACAAUUCCUAGAAGGUUCUUGUCUAAGGGUAUGGACAUGACAAUAAAGUUACAACAUGUUCCAAAUGACGACUUUGAAGAAAAAAGAGUUUUUGUUGGUCCAAUCCUUCACAUUAACUGCCCUAUGGAAGGUGAGCUUGCAGAGCCCGUUUCAAUAACACUGCCCAUUGCUCUGGAACAAGACCAGAAAAAAGUACAGAAUGUGGAAACAAGCCAGGUACGAUUAUGUUCCCGAAUUAAAAGGGGCAGCUCACAAGAAUGGGUUGACAUCACAGAGAAACUGGAGCCGCCGGCUAAACUGAAAGACGGGGUUCUGGAAUUUCAAGCAAAGUCUACUGAUUCCAGCUUUGGGACCCUGAUGACUGACACUAGCAAAAGAACUGAAGAGCUCGAUAUUCCAGGACUUCUCAACCAAUGCGUCUCCGUGCAACAGUAUGCAGGAUUCCAAGCUUGCUUAUGUGAUAUUGGAAGACCCUCAGAGCGGCAACUGAUUCUAUCCUGUUACCCAUACCAAUCGAAGAAGAAUACACCAUGGACGGAAAUAUCUUCAGGAUAUAAGGUGGUUUGCCGUGGACAACAAAGAUCCCAAUAUCCGCUGAAAAAAGGGGAAAAGGUUUUCUUUUCUCUCUCAAAUGCCCUUGUUCCAAGUGGAGAAAGUUGUGAGGAACCCAGCUUCCUUAGAUUUCUUGAAGAUGACUCAUUCGAAAAAAACUUUCCAGUGCGUGUGGCAAAGCCUGGAAGCUUCCCGCAAAUAAAGUUCUUCAAACAAGAUAAAACACUUUGUACUCUUAGCAUCUUUCCGGUAUUACCACCUCAGAAGGAUUAUCCUAAGACUUCUGAAUCACAACAGAUACCCGACGAUACUCAUAUGGCUGGACUCCUCGAGACACGAACGGAACCAUUUUCGUCAUACCACCUCCUCUACAUAAAGGACGAGGUAGGAAACUGCUGGCAAGAUCUUGGACAAGCACUUGGAAUUAAUCUAGCAGAACUUCGGAAUCUAGAACGUGAUUACCGAAUCAACAGCGAAAGGGCUAGUGAGGUCUUGCAACUAUGGAUGGAUAAGAAUGGGAAAGAUGCUACAGUGGGAUGUCUUGCCUGCAUCCUUAUACAAAUUGGACAUAAAAGUAUUGCAGAUAAACUGCUUGAUAAAAAGAUUAGGCAGCAAUGGGAACCGGAAGGAGAACAGUCUGAGAAACCGUGUGAACAAGAAGAAAAACAGUCUGAGUCACUGAGUGAAGGAGAAGCACCACCAGAGAUUUUUGCUCGGGGACCCCUGACCAUCCAGACUUACCAGAAAGCCCUUUUAGAAGGAAAAGUCAGUAUAAAAAGACUGCCAAUCAUGUUGAUUGGGCACUGUCAGUCAGGAAAAACGAGUUUAAAAAGGUCACUAAGAGAAGAACGGUUCGAUCCAGAGGAACCCAGAACUACAGGGAUCGAGGUGCAUACUUCCUAUUGCAAAGUGUUAGCAGAUGUUUGGAAAGUAGGGGAAAACAACCAAACAGCGGAUUCAGAGCCCCGACCAAUUGCUGACAGUGGCAAAGACGAAGAAGAAAUCCAUUCAGUUUUGUGGGAUUUUGGCGGGGAAUCAGUUUAUUACAUCACCCAUCCGCUCUUCCUCGCAACACGAGGAAUAUAUUGUUUGGUCUACAACUUAAGUCAAGAUCCAGCUGAAGCCGUCGGUGAAAGGAGUAAGAGGAAUUAUCUGGAAGACUGGAUGUUUCUGGUUUCUAACCUGGUUUCACGAGAAGAACCCAAGGAGACACCUGCAUCUGAGAUGUUACCAGGGAAAUUAACUCCUCCUGUGUUCCUCGUUUGUACUCACACUGACGAACCUUACAGAAGUGUACAGCCUAAAGAGCUAGCUCAAGAGAUCAUUGAGUCAUUAGAGACAACACUCCAUGGUCAGCGUUUUUUUGAUGUGUUUAUGGUUAACAAUUCAAAGUCAGGAAGUGAACAAGAGUGUCCAGAAGUCAUCCGCCUGAAAAACGAAAUAAUUAAUGUUGCUAAGGAACUGCCACAAAUGAAAGAAGUGAUUCCAAUUAAGUGGUUGCAGUAUGAGAAGGCUGUUGCCGCGAAGAUUGAAGAUGGCUUCGAGUGGAUUUCGCUUGACGAUUCCAGAAGUAUUGCUCUUGACAUAUGCGGAAUUUCUAGUGACGAAGAAUUUUUGGCAUUAUUGAAUUUCUUGCAUGACCAAAGAAUUUUAAUUCAUUUUAAUGACACUCCAGAGUUGAACAAAAUAGUGAUCUUGGAUCUACAGUGGUUGACAGAUGUUUUCAAGAAGGUUCUCGCCAUUACGUCUCAUGAAAGAAGGGAGAGGAAAUCCAUGAAACUGUCAUGGCGAAAGCUUGAGACAACGGGAAUCUUGGACAAUAAACUCUUACGGCAUGUGUGGCUCCCCUUGUUUGAUGGCCGAGACACCUGGAAGAGUCUCAUCGCCAUUAUGGAGAAACUCUGCUUAUUAUGUCCGCGGUCGUCAUCAGCGGAGAGCGAGUCACACAGGAAUUAUCUUGUACCUUCCAUGCUGAUGUUCCCACCACCAAAAGAAGAUGUCGCUGAGUUGAUUGCAUGUACAAGCAUACCAUCGCUUUUUGUGAAGUUUGAAUCUGGGCAGGUGCCCCCUAGCUUAUUUCCUCGUCUGGUGCUUAUGUUCUUUCAGUGGUGCACCAAGGAAUGGCUUUACCAAUCGGAACCAGAGUUACAUCGAAAUUUUGCAGGGUUCCACAGCUACCCAACUGAAGGCUGUUCUGUAAUCCUCCUCUGUCAUUCCUCUCUCAUUGAAGUUGUUCUCCCCAUGGAAGAUAGUGGGAAUCAUCCAUCUUCAGAGCCGAGCCACAACUCCUUUCAGGUAAAUACGGCUCGCAUCGUGCACCGACAACUAGGAUUGAUGCUUGAAUGCAUGCGCAAGGAGUUUCAGUGGUUGAAUAACAUGGCUUAUGAGAUGUUAGUAUGCUGUCCAGUCUGUUGUAAGCAAGGAUCUGAAAACCAUUGUCGCCAACACAAGAUACCUGGUUGCAAGCAAGAGGAGUGCCUUCAUUUGUGGUCAGAGAGUCAAUGCAAAGAUCCCAUCACAUGCACCAAGUCUGCAGUUGAUGGAAAUUACAGGAUUCCGGUCACGUUCUUUGCACCUUGGUUCAAAUUUGUAGACGAACAGCAGAUAGCUAUUGAUGGACGUGAUGGACGAGCUGUGCCUUGUAAGAAGGACGACAGGGAACAAGUCCUUGUCCUCCCCAGUGGAGUACUAGGGGCCCUUCAGCUGCAGACGUGUGAUGCAAAUGAUGUCGUUGCUCGACUACAAGAAAGUCUUUCAUUGACACAAGCGUCACUGGAAAAGCCAGUUCCAGAGACUAAGCGGCUAAUUCGCUCCCUUUGCAUGAAAGCUAAAGCUAAAAGCAGGGUCGAUGUUGUCAAAAAACUCAGGGAA